AUGAAUACCAUCCUGAAGGUUUCUGACUUUAGCAGCGGCGGCCUCUGGGUCGAGACGGCCGGCGGUGAGGUUAUCGAGUUUGCCGAUGGUGCAUUGAGCUUAGAUGCCCAGCAGCCGCACUGCGUUAUGCCGUGGUCUCGCGGGCCCCGCGUGGUUCUUGUGGCAUUUACUGUACGGAAUUGGCCAAACUUGCGUCGUGCAGACUUGACCGAGUUGUCACAACUGGGUUUUCGGUUGCCAAACUUGAAAACUGACGCAACGGCCGGUCCCGCGUCUGCCUCUAAGGGUCUCCCUAGUCCUGACGUUUUCCCCUUUCCGCCACCGGCACCGCUUUCUGCGGUGGCCGGCCCGCUUGUUACCUUGUCUCCUCCUGCAGCAGUCUCCUUGACUGUGCCUGCGGCCGCGGUUCAUCCCGAUUUAGGCGAAUCGACCGUGGUGCGUGAUGGGACUGCAGUUGCGCAACCUUCCUUCAUCGAGCUGUUCUGUGGUUCCGCUGGCCUUUCGGCCGAGGUGCGCAAACUUGGGUUUCGCGUGUUGGGGGUGGAUCACAAGCCCACCGCAAAGCACGCAAAUGCACCUUUUGUCAGCUUGGACUUGCGCGACCCUGAGCAGCAGGAUCGCAUCUGGGUCGAGUUGCGCCGAGCUCAGGCAGUGUGGAUUGCUCCUCCGUGUGGAACUGCUUCAGUUGCGCGACAGAUCCCUCUUGGACGGCCGGCUAAGGGACCCGCACCUUUGCGGAGCACGGAUUUUCCAGACGGGUUAGCAUCCCUGCGUCCCGAGGAUCAUGCUCGAGUACAAAGUGCAAAUCUCUUGUAUGCAUUUGCCGCCAAGGUUUGGAAAUUUUGUCUUGAACAUGAUAUCCUAUGCAUUGUGGAGAAUCCUGCAUCAAGCCUCAUGUGGAAAACAACGUGGUUUCGAACACUUGUUCCACUUGGCGAGUGGCAUGAACUGCACUCUUGCAUGUAUGGAUCCGCUCGGAAGAAGCGUACUGCCUUGCUGGCUACAUGCCGCCUCCCAGGUCUCAUGCUACAGUGUGACAAGUCACACGAACACAAGAAAUGGGGCCGUGUGCGAAAUCCCGACGGGCGUGGUAUGCACUAUGCCACUGCCGAGGAAACCGCUUACCCAGCCGGCCUGUGUACGGCCGCCGCCCGUGAGAUCUGCUUGGCAUUGCAACACAAGGGAAUUGAGCUUGAUGUGCGUGCGUCCUCGGACACGGCCCUGGCAUCUUCCUUUGCGCAAAAGCAGCCUCGCCGCGGCCGCGGCGUUGUGGGCCCGCCUGAGUACAAAAGGACUGUCCUAGUCCGGCUUCCGCUUGACUUUCAGCCGCCGGAGCAUGUUCCGGAUCAGCCAUCCGCGCCCCUUAAAGACGUUCCUGCGGGCGCCAAGCUUUUGUGGACUCGCGUCUUUGUGGAUGGGGGUGUGGAGGUUCGCGAGGCCAAAUUUGGGGUAUACCAUACACCGGAGGAGUUUCUUCAUGCUGCCUUGAAAGUGACCCAUCCCUUCGACAGUGCGGUGUCCAUUGACGGCCCAAACCUUCGGGCCAUUGCAUUCACACUUGAGCAUGGUGUUAAGGCGGUGCAGCAAAGGCGUAUGCAAGUCCUUGACCACUAUCGUGCUGUGGAGCGUUCUUUGAGGUCUGACGAGGAGGCCCUGAAGAAGGCAAUGGACCCUACGGUAAGGGAGAUCAUGGGCGCCAAGAAGUUGCUCUUGUUCAAACAGAUGCUAAAGGAUGCUGGUGUUCCCGAUGAGCGCCUUUUUGAAGACAUGGUUCAGGGCUUCCGGUUGACUGGCCCCCUUGAGCCUUCGGGUUUGUUUCCCCCUAAGUAUAAGCCUGCCGUCCUCUCCGUGGAUGAAUUGCGGCGCACUUCACAAUGGUCCAAACACCUCGUAGAGGCUGCGUGUCGUGAGGCAUCCCAGGACCCGGAGAUUGCUAAGGCUGUUUGGGAGGAAUCCCUGGGGCAGGUUGAGAAGGGAUGGCUAUCAGGGCCCUUCACAUGGGAUCAAAUGGAUCAAAAGUACGGGGGCACUUGGGUGGCUUCCAAGCGCUUCGGGGUGUCCCAAGGGGACAAGGUGCGUGCCGUCGAUGAUCUUUCCCAGUUUCAGGUGAAUGCCUCGGUUACUGAGACCGAGAAGAUUCAGCUUGAAGGCCUUGAUGACAUUGUUGCUCUUGCGAGAUUCCACUUAGGUGCUACUGUGUCGGGCACAAAGGUUUUCAGGCUCCCUUUGUCAGGCGGCGGCGUCUAUCAGGGCCGAUUGCAUCCUGACUUUAGGGAGGGUCGAGCACGGCGAUUGAAGGGCAGGGCGCUUGACUUGCGGAGCGCAUACAAGCAGUUGGCUCGGCACCCCGCCGACGAUUGGGCUUCGGUGCUAGGCGUCUUGGACCCAAACACAAACACCGUGGCCUAUUUUGAGAGUCAUGCUCUCCCGUUCGGUGCAUCGAGCGCGGUGACCGCCUUCAACCGGGCAGCGCGUGCCUUGCGCAUUAUCAUGUCCAGACUUCUGUAUCUUGUGAAUACGUCAUUUUUUGACGAUUUCUGCCAACUUGAGAUGGAUGGUCUGACCGAUUCUGCUGAUCAGACGGCGCUUGCACUGCUUGAUCUUCUUGGCUGGGAGGUGUCUGACGGUGAGAAGUUGAAACCUUUCGCUUCGGAGUUCACCAUGCUUGGGGCCGUGCUAUCCUUCAAAGAUGCGGGCAAGGGUCUGAUUGGGGUUAGGAAUAAGGCCGGUCGCUUGGAAGAAAUUUCUGCAAUGGUGGAUCGCUUCGCCUCUGACCCUAACUGUGGGGCGCGAUCCCUCCCGUCCUUGAAGGGCAAGCUCUUGUUUGCUUCGUCGCAUGUGUUCGGUCGCUGUGCUCAGAUCGCGACUCAGUUGAUUCACCAUGCCGAACGGCAACCAGGCCCUGACGUGCAUGCUUGCGUCUUGGAAUCCAUCAGGAGGGCACUGGAAACCCUUAGGACAGCUGGGGAUCGUCAGGUGAACCUGUGGUCCGAACAGCCGCCCGUUGUCAUCUUCACAGAUGGUGCAUGCGAGGAAAAGGGAAGCCAGGUGACUCAUGGGGCGGUCAUCGUUGAUCCGGCUUCGCAGACUCGAGAGGUGUUUGGGGGCCACAUUCCCGAUGAUCUCGUGGCAAAGUGGCGGAGCUCAGGCAGGACUCAACUCAUCUUCUUUGCAGAGCUUUAUCCUGUCUUGAUUGCGAGACGGACUUGGGCUAAAGUCCUGCGUAACAGAAGAGUGCUGAUUUUCGUGGACAACGAGGCAGCAAAGGCGGCCUUGAUCAGAAAUUAUUCUCCUUUGUUGGAUGCCGCUCAUAUGCUCUCCGACAUUGCCGAGCUUGAUGUCGAGCUCAGUUGUUUUCCAUGGUAUUGCAGGGUGCCGUCCAAGAGCAAUAUUUCCGACGCUGCCUCCAGGUUGAGCUUUGGGGAAUAUGAGGAAUGCUUCCGAAGGAUUCAGCCCACUCUGGCAGCGAUUUAA